AUGCUUUUACUAAUAAAUAGUUUUAAACAUAAUUAUUAUUACGGUUAUACUACUCGUUCACUUAAACAUAAAAUUAGAACCUACAGCUAUAUUGUUGGAUGGAAUACUACCACCAAAUUAUUUAUCACUGGUCAUCUUACCUACCUUGAUAAUAAUACCGUACAUAUUAAACAUUGUUUACCAUUAGUAGGUCCUCAUCACUAUAUUGUAUUUAAGGAUUGUGAUCAUUACUCUCUACAUCAAGAAGAUGCUCAAAA